CUUGCACUUGGGUAAUUGUAUUUUAUACUGUAGUUUCCUCAAGGUGGCUUAACCAGCAUGCACAGGGUGCACAACGCCAGAAAUUUCCAGGUUUCAGUGAAAUACCAGAUUGUUCGCGAGUCAGUCACACUGACACCUAUACCACGAUUAAUGAAACACACAGGCCGACGUUUCUGGAGUGACCAUUGCUGUAUGUGCGCUACUGAUCAACCGUGGGCAAUCUCAAAACAAACCAACGCCCAAUGGUUCUCACGAAGUUCCGUGGAUAACCUGACAAUCGUGAAAGGAAAGCAGAGCUGUGUCCAUUCCAUGAACUCGAAUUUAUGAACCACGAAGAAAGAUACAUUGAACGUGCGCCGACGUUGAAUGUGAUUCUUAAUUUCAGCGUCUUUAUAGGUUCACGAAAUAAUAGUCGUCUGUGGAGGAAAUGGCGAAUUUCUUAUAGUAACUCUUCAAUUGGCGUAUUGGUUCGAUCAACAUCUCAUACACAUCUUUUACUGAGGAAGGAGCCUGAAUCUUAAACAUGAUCAAGCUUUUUUCGCUGAAGCAGCAGAAGAAGGACGGAGAAGCCCGUUCUGGAUCGCAGAAGCAGACCUCGGCGGCUCAACUGCGCAUCACGAAGGAUAUAAAUGAGUUGACGCUGCCGAAAACUUGCGGGGUUGAGUUCCCGAAUGCGGAUGAUUUGCUCAACUUCAAACUCGUCAUUUGCCCAGACGAGGGUUUCUACAGAGGUGGAAAAUUCGUAUUCAGUUUCGAAGUUGGGCCCAAUUAUCCACACGAACCCCCGAAGGUGAAGUGUGAGACAUCCGUGUUCCACCCCAACAUAGACACCGAUGGCAAUGUGUGCCUCAACAUUUUGCGCGAAGACUGGAAACCAGUGCUUACCAUCAAUUCUAUUGUGUAUGGACUGCAGUUCCUCUUCCUUGAACCAAACCCCGGUGAUCCUCUGAACAAAGAGGCUGCAGAGAUGUUGCAGAACAACCGAAGGGCGUUCGAGCACACGGUGCAAAAGACCAUGAAAGGCGCGUAUGUUGGCAGCGCCUACUUCGACCGGUGUUUGAAAUGAUCUUGGAAUCAAUUUCUGUGGUGCCGUUGGAAAUUCGGUUCCUGCGCAAUUGUUUCUUUACCUGAAUGAGCGGUUAUUGCAAUCUUCGAAAUGUUUCUGAUUUCCAUUUCAAAAUCUUCUUGACUCAAUGGACUUCUCUCCCUGCAAUUUCGAUUUCUCUGCGCUGAUGUUUGAAUGUGUCAUGGUACUGAAAUUCCUAUAAGUUUUUGUCAAAA